AUGAGCAUUCAUUCGAUUCAAGAAAAAUAGAGUAAGUAGGCAAUUUAUAUUACCUACAAAUUAGAUAAGGUAGACUGCUUAGUGUAAUUCGAACUAAUGUCUAAGCAAGUCAAUUUUCUUAAUUUUUCGUAAUCCUAUUUAAGAUUGGAAACUCCGUUUAAACACUUUGGAAUUGAAUAUUAGGAGAGUGGUUACAUAACAACUGCAAUUUUUAUUUAGAUAUUGAAUCAGGCUUAGAAGAAUCCAAUAAAGGGAGCUUCGGAUGAUGUGAUUAAUUAACUAAUUGAUGAUUUCGAGACUAUUGAAGAGGAUCUGAAUUUACGAUUAGUGUAUCUAUUUAAGCUGUCAAACAACCCUGAAUUUUCUGAUGAGAAGGUCAUCAAAGAAAAUGAUCGAUUAUUAAUGAAUAAGAUUAGAGAUAUUGAUUAAUCGGUUUCUGACAAUUAUAAAUAUCGAGAUGAAAAGUGGUAGUUACUUUAUGUGGUUGAAACGACAGCAAAAAUAAUUUGGAAUGGAGAAGAGAAGAAAUUGAUAAAAUUAGGGAAAACUAAUAAGUCUAUUGAAAAAUAUGUUAUAAAAUUAAAACAAUAAUAUUAAGGAAAAAUAGAAUUCAGACCUUUAUUUGCAUAACGAUUAUAUACUCCAGCAAAUAAUUUAGUUGAUAGAAUAUUUUUCCAUAAAAAAUUGUUGAAAUCUAUCCCUGAAUCAAAAGUAUAUCUGAAAGCAGAAGAAAAUAAACAUUCAUAAAUUCAUUAUGAGUUUUACUUUUUAACAGAUGAAUUUGUGACAAAUUUUGAGAAGUGUUUAAGAAAGUUUAUUGAUAAAAAUGAAGAACAAUAUCAAAGUGAUAAAGUAAUUAAUACUGAUGCUAAGAAAACUGAUGCAAGUAAUAGUAUGUAAGAUAUAACUUAAAAUGAAAAUUAAGAUUUACAAAACUCAGAUUAAUAGGCCUUUAUAAAGUAAUAAUAAGAUUAAGAAUAAGCAGCAGAGAAAACUUAGAUAGAGAUUACUUAAGAUUUAAAUUAAUAAUAAGAAUAAAAAGAAUCAUCAGAAUAAUAAUAAAAAGAAUCAUCAGAAUAAUAAUAACAAUUGUUAGAAUAAUAAAAAGAAUCAUCAGGAUAAUAAUAAGAGUUGUCUAAAUAAUCAUAAUAAGAAUAAGCAUAAUAACAAGAUUAAUCAUAAGAAUAAUUAAAUCUAAUCUUAUAAUAAAUUAAUUAAAAUGAGGAAUUGAAUGAAUAAACUUUAAAUGAGUAGUUUGAGAUCAGCAAUUCACUUGAUGAUACUUCUUAUGAAUUUUUUGAUGGGAAUCCAAAAACGAAUCCUAGUAUUUUUGGUGUCCCAGUAAAUUACGAGUUAUCUGAGGAGAGUUAAGAAAUACUCUACCAGGGGUCGAAAGUGAUAAAUUUGUAAAAUAAUUUCUUGAAGGCAUUGCUAUACACGGCAGCAGCAAAAAGAGAAUUGAAAUAAAAUGAUAAAUGA